UUCGGACUCGGUUAGCAGCUCUCAGUCUACAGAGAAAACCAGAGAGAAGAGGGGAAAAUUGAGAGAAAAUGUUGAAGUUUCUAUCAAAAGUGAGGAUUGAGUUCAAUGCAUUAGACCCAAGGACAGCAGCAUGUAUGGAAUUUUUAGCACAAUGUAAUGCAAGAAAAGCAAAGGAAUCAAAUCCAGGAUGUCAACUUGAAGUGAAACGAAGAACAGAUGAUCAACCUCCUCAGAUUACUGUUACAUUUGUUAAUGGUAUUGAAGAAGUUAUUGAUGCUACUACUAGGUCUGCUCAAAGUAUUAGACAGAUGAUUCUUGAAAAAGGCCAAACUCUUGAAACUGAACAGAUGUUUAAAGAUAAUGGUGAGGCUUGGCCUGUUAUGAUCCCUGAGCAUGAACUUCAUCAAACUUUUCCUGGUACUAAGCCAAGGAAAGCAGAAGAGAAAAAACAGUAAUUUUACUUUUGCCGUAUUAGCCGCAGGUCCAUCUGAUGAUGUCCUCCACAGCAAAUCUAGAAUCAUGUCUUCGUUAUUUUUAUAUUCUGAGCAUGAACUUGGGUGUUAUUAUCAUCUAUUGUCUGGACAAGAAAUGGCAAGCUUUUGAUUGUAUGCGUAACUGGGUAACUUGAAAGGAAAUAAUUGAACAACUGCGUGUUCCUAGCUGUCUCUGUAUGAUGUUUACUGGAACCAUUAAGUACUUGUGAUUUUUGUUUGACAAUUUAGUGGUAUUAUAUCUCGACAUAAGUAUUGUAUUG